AUGGUGUCAACCACACAAACAUACCCUCUCCCUCCCACCAUACAUACCCUCUCCCUCCCACCAUACAUACCCUCUCCCUCCUCCCAUACAUACCCUCUCCCUCCCCCCAUACAUACCCUCUCCCUCCCCCCAUACAUACCCUCUCCCUCCCCCCAUACAUACCCUCUCCCUCCCCCCAUACAUACCCUCUUCCUCCCCCCCCCCCCCACCUUCUGCAGCCACCCCCCCAGCGCUGCACCUGUUGCGGCCCGCGGAUUUGCAGCCUUAUGCUCCGCACCGCACCUGCGCCUCCUGCACUGGUUCCUGGCCCGAGGUUUCCGCCCCUGUUCAGCCAGGCAGGCAGAGGCUUCUGACGUGGCGGAGGUGGGCGGGAGGCGCUGGCGGUGCAAGCGGCUUUGGCGGCAGCAGUGGCAGCGGCAGGGAGCACGGGGAGGAGGGUGGGCAGCGGGGCGAAUGGGCGGUGAAGGGAGGCUGCUGAUAGGGCUGGCGCUGGCGGGCAGUUGA